AUGCCAUGGUCCUGCGCAACGGUUCACGUCAUGGUACUGCCGCUGAUGAUGUGGAAUGGACUUAAGCCAGUUCCCUUCACCUUCAGGGAGCAGUCCAUGAAACCUUGGCGAUGGUCAGUCAGUCAAGAAUGUUAUGGCGAUGUGGAUGAGAUCCAUAAUCCCAAGCAAAAGGAGGGAAGGCACAGGAGUGUAGCGUUGAAGUCUGAGAAGCCUACCAUGGAAGAUGGUGUCGAUGAAUUCUUGAGACCUUGUUGUAAUGGUAAGGCAGGUCAGGAGAAUUCAAAACUUGAAGAGCAGAAAUCACAAGAAUUCAGUGAGACCAUACAACCCCAGACAACUUUGCCUUCAGUGAAAUGGGAAUUGACAGGAAUAAUAAUACCAGUUAAGAAACAACGCCACAAAUUGAGUUGUGAAAUCUGCCAGGUGCAAGCAACUAGUGAGCACAGCUUACAAGUACAUUGUGCAGGGCGGAAGCACCGAUCAAAAGAAGCAAGUAAUCAGAAGGCACAAUUAAGAGAAGAAUCCUCUUCCCGCACAGGGCAGAAAACAUCUUUGAUAAAAUGGAGCUGCAAUAUAUGCCAGGUCAAUGGUACAAGCGAAUCAGACCUGAAGGAGCAUCUGAAUGGAAGAACACACCAACAAAACAUUGAAGCACAACUCACGGAGGGUGAUAGCAUGGUUAAGAAUAAUGAGCUGCAGGAACCAGAGUGCCACAAGAGCAAUGCACCUCAGCAUUCAGAGAAGCCACCUUCAAUGUGUAGUUCUGCCAUUUGCCUAGCAAACUGUGCUCGUGAAUUGGAGUUAGGUGGGCACCUUUUAGCUAAGCUUCAAGCUCUACUGGACGAAAUCCGUAACAUGUCGGAGCACCAAAUUGGAAGCAAGAUACACCAACUGAAUGUCCAGGACCUACAUGAAGAAGCCAAGAAAACAGGAGAUUUUCCACCAGAAAUUGCCAAGAACCAGCAACCGCCCUCUGAAUGGGAUUGUGUUAUCUGUCAGGCAAAAUGUUACUCUGCAUCUCAACUUGUUCAUCACUGCAGAGGCAAGAAACACCAAAAGAAUAUGGAUGCUCUACAAGGAGAUGGUGUGAAUGCGAAAUCAAGCAAUCUGACGACGGAGGACAAAGUAGCUUCAAAUGGUUCUGAUAGCAAUAGUUCAAGUUCAGAGAAGGUGGAGGAACAGACAGCAUUAUGGUCGUGCGGGAUUUGCAAUUUGCAGUGCAGCAGCGAGAGUAUGCUUGCAGGGCAUCGUGAAGGGGAGGAACACAUGGAGAAACAGAAGUUGCUGGGUUUUUGCGGGGUCUGCAAUUUGCAGUGCAACAGCCAAAAGAUGCUUGCUCACCAUCUUUCUGGGAACAAGCACAAGAAAAGGCUCAAUGCGAAUAAACGAAAUGCAGUUGUGGCUUUUGUCUGCCAAAAUAGCAAUGGUGAAAUUGUACAGUAG